UCUUAGUUAAAUUGUACCAGAGUAUUGGUUUGUUAUUGGCAUUCACCAGCUUGGCGGCAACGAAACAAAUUUCACACGGUAUGACACCCAUGCCGUUUCUCUUCAUUUUUGUUUGCGGAUUUCUGGAUGUGGCUGUCGGAGCUCUAAAUUGUCAAGAUUGUCCAAACUGCGCUGGAACUUGUCAUAAAACACCGGAUAAUUUUGUUUGUGAAUGUCCAGCUGACAAAACUGGCGACGAUUGUGAUCUGUGUCUCAUAAGACCAGGCUGGACGAAUGGCGGAAAUGGGUAUCAAUAUUUCAAAACUAAAACACGAGCUAACUAUGACGACACAAUGAAAGAAUGCCGUGAGUUUGGAGGCCAUCUUGCUAUGUACGGAAUAAGAGAUCCGGUUGUUUUAUCGAGAAUCGGAGAAACAAAGGUGUUUAUCGGAUUGACUGAUAGAUUUUCGGAAGGAACUUUUAUGUGGGGUGACGUGAUAAAUUCUGAACAUACACAAACUCCUUGGGCUCCAAACCAACCUUCGGCAACAACUAGUGAUUAUGAUUGCGGAUAUCUCAGAGACGACAGUGGCUCUGUAUUAAUAUAUGAUAAUCCAUGCUGGGCAACAGAGUUCGGGCUUUGUGAGGUUCCCGUUGGAUAUCCUCCAGCUAUUCCAAAAUUUGAUCCUAAAAACGGGUGUGAAUAUUUUCUGACUCCGCCAGGUGCAUACCAUGUAACCGAUCGGAUUUGUCAAGAGCACGGUGGAAAACUCGCUAUACAGGCUGUCAAUACAGGAUCAGUUUUGAAGAAAAUUCUUUAUUACUUCAAAGUGAAUGGAUAUACACUUGAUAAUGAUGUCAUUACAUACACAGGGUUUCGAAAAAGUGGAACUUCGUUUGUUGCCGGUGAUGGGACUGCUUUAAAUACCGGAAGUAGUGCAGUGGACUGGAAACCGGGUAGUCCCAGUGACGUCACAAGCACUUGUCUAGUUUCAUUGUUAAAUCCGGACUGGUUUGAUCAUGCAUGGAUUGAUGAUAAAUCAUGUGAUGACAUUUUUCAUGGACUUUGUGAAGUUUGUACAGUUGAUCCUCCACUUGACCAAAAAACUUGUAAAAGUGGAAAAGUUUGCAGCGAGGAUUCAAUUUGUGUGAUCCACGAGGGGAGUUGCUUUGAAGAAUGUUAUUGUCCGACGGAAAAUACUAUUAUUGAUGAAGGAGAAACAUGCAGCGUAAAUACAUGUAUUGGUUUUGAUUGUGGAGCAAACGCUGUUUGUGUAUUUGACAAAGCUACCGAGAAAAGAAGUUGCAAAUGCGAUAAAGGAUACUUGCCAACUGGAGCGGACGGGGCUGGAUGCUAUUCGACUGCAUGCGACCCAUCAUGCGUAAACGCACAAUGUGUAAUAAAUCCAGUAGGAGGUGUUCUUCCAAAUGGAAAAUGCGAAUGUGAUGCCAACUACAUGCCUCAUGCUACUGAAAACCAUGAAUGUAUAGACGAUCAAUGCGCAACGUCAGGUAUUACUUGUACCAAAGCGACAUGCUGUAUCGUCGAUGGUGCUACCCGUGCUCAAGGAUGCGUUUGUGAUGAAGGAUAUUAUUACAAACCGUCUGAUAGCGUAUGUGUUGAUCCACUGGAUGGACUGGCAUCUUGUGGGACCAAUUUAAUAAAAGUUUUGAAUCACCUAUCUACGCCACCAGCUGGAAAAUGUAUCUGUAAGGACAAUUACCUGCCUGAACCAGCUCCCAGUACUGACUGUUUUUUGGAUCAAUGUUCGUCUGCCGGAACUACCACGUGCAAGGAUAACGCUGUUUGUGCCCUUGUAGAUCCACCCACCAAUUUGCAAGGUUGUGUCUGUUUAACGGGUUUUUACAAGGAUCCUUCUGAUACCCUGAACUGCCUAGAUUUGUGUAAGGGAAUAACGUGUCCAACCAACACCCACUGCAUAAUUUCCAGGGAAACGGGAAGUCCUGUUGCUCGAUGCAUUUGCGACACCAACCAUAUGCCUUCGGUGGUGCCUGGUGCAGGAUGUGUUGCUGAUGAAUGUGCUAAUGGCAAUAUAGCAUGCACAACAAAUGAAGUUUGUAGAAUUUUGAACGUGCUGACACAAGCUCAAGGUUGUGUAUGUGAAGAUGGAUUUUACUCCGUAGCUGAUAUAUGCUCAACCUGCCCACAAACACGUUACAUAUUUCCUGGUACACCAGCAGUUGAGAACUAUUUGUUGGUAGAUAUAGAUAUGCCUGAACUCACAGAGUUUACAAUCUGCAGCAAGUUUAAAGUAACACCUGGAACAGCGGUCGGAUCAGGAACUCUGUUUUCUUACGCUACAGAAACAUACGACAAUGCUAUCAAGAUUAUUUUUGACGAUCCUGAAAGUCAUACCUUUGCUUUUUUAAAUGACUAUGAUGAUACAACAAAUACAGCAUCGAUCUCGUUAAGAACUGCCGGAACUGUUAAUAUUUUUCAUUUUUGUUGGGUCCUCUCGACUACUGAUACAGAGGUACAGCUUUUUGUCGACGGUACUCAUUACGUUACGCGUACAUUAGCAGGAAUAACGUCGUUGCCAGCGGGAUUUGGAACGAUAGUAAUCGGUCAAGAUCAAGAUGAAAUGGGAGGUGGAUGGACCGCCUCUACUGAAACGUUCAGCGGAACAAUAGAAAAUUUGAUGAUGUGGUCGAAGAAACUUACGAAUACUGAAAUUUCAGUCUUAGAAAACAAUGAUUGUGAUUGUCCCAGCGAUGUACUUUUCCAUCUGACCCCAGACGUUGUAACCGUGAAAGGAUCUGUUACAGUGGAUCCCGAUACCGACUGUGUUGAUUAAAUAAAAUGGUACGUAUUGUUGGACAUUGAAUGAUUUUUCAGGAAUGCGUGCAAAUGGACACACCAAAUAUUACAUUUAUUCUUUUCCCUUCUACUUAAAUAAGGAUCGAUAUAUAAUUGCU